CCCUUUGCCUAUGUUUAUUUUCUUGCUCCGAGAGAGACCCUCGUAUAAUAAAAAAAAUAUCAAAGUCUAAAAAAAGCCAGAGGAAAAUCUAAAAAUUACGACUACAUCCCCUAUCUCUUGCUCUCUCUUCUGCCAUUAUUCCUCCGAUGAGCCGGUGCCACUUAUCGCCGGCAAGGGCGACUUGAUAGGGUUUUUGGCCGGAUCGUGAGAAUUUAGGGUUCGCAGAAUGGCUCCGGCGCGUAGACGCGGAGCGAGCAACAAGGCGAAGGCGAAGAAGAGGAAGUUGAGUGUGGGCGAUCUUGUCCUUGCUAAGGUCAAGGGCUUCCCCGCUUGGCCUGCCAAGAUUAGCAAACCUGAAGAAUUUAAGCAUCAGCCUGAUCCCAAGAAAUACUUCGUCGAAUUCUUUGCUACAAAAUAUACAGGUUUUGUUGCCCCUGCGGAUGUUCAGGCAUUCACUAAUGAGCUAAAGAGUAAAUUGUCUGCCCGAUGUCAGGGUAAAACAGUUAGGUUCUUUUCUCAAGCUGUGAAUGAAAUCUGUGUGGCAUUUGAUGAGCUACAAAAUAAGAAAUCAAGUGGUUUCAGAGAUGGUGCCAAUAAAUCUGAUGUUGGGCAUGAGGCUCUAUCUGUUAAUGAGGUAGAGGUUGACUUAAAGGUUGAGACAAGUAAGGCGACAUACAGUGGAGAAGCUUUGAACGAGUCUUUAAGUGAUUCUGGCUCUAAGUUGGGGUGCUGCUCACAGAGACGAGGUGGAACUGACAUUCAAGAUGUAAAGCCUUCUAUAUCCUGUAGUGCAAAUGAUAGUUUGUCUCCAGGUAUUUCCCCUGAGAAAAACAAUAGUAAAAGCGGUGGAAACUGUAAGGAACAUGUAUUAAUGACAUCCAGUCCAGAUAAUUCCUCCUUUCCAAAGGAAGAAGCAAGUGAUGAUGAAUUUGUAGAAGAUGCUGCUUGCACUAAGCAACAUGGUAAGGAACAGAAAGUAUUAACAACUGGUAAAAAGUUGAAGAAGAUGUACUGUGUCAAAGAAAAGACGUGAAGGUGCUAUUGAAGUACACAAAACUGGUACCUCUGCUGUAAUAUCAUUAAAGGAUGGAAGUGAUGGUUGUUCUGUUGAUCGCCCUGAAUCUGUUGAGCGAUUGAAAGAAGGAAUUAAGGGCAAGAUUGCAUCAAGCAGCGAGCAUGAAUUUUCUCUGAGCCCUCUUAAAGCAGAUUCUGAUAUCAAUGCUGGGAAAAAAUAGAAAUAUCUGCUAAAAGCUAAAAAACAUGUCAUUGUUGCUGAUAAUAUGCUGGACUCUGGUGUUGUUUCUGAUAAACAGAUCAAGGGAAAACUUUCUGGCAAGUAAAAGAGGACCCAAGAUAGACAAGGAAAAGGAACUAGCGAUGUGCUAUCUCUUGCAUCUCUGAUUCCUUUGUUUAAGGGAAUCAGUGUGGAGUCUAAGUUGGAGGGGUUGAUGACCUCAAAUGCUGAGCUGUGGAAUGGGAGGUUUGCUAUGUUGGGUUUGGUUGCUCUAGCCUUCACCGAGUAUGUCAAGGGUGGAACCCUUAUUUAGGUCUCUGAUGUACUGACUCAGGCCAACUUGUGUAAAUGAAUAUAUAGUUUCUAUGUAAUUUGGAAAGCAAAUCAUGUAAUCCAUUCUUCAGAAAAAUUAAAUUUCAAGUUUAUAAAGGAAUAAAAACUUAUGU